UCGUCCGAGCCGAAGCAGGUUUGAAACUGGGGGUUGGGCUCGGCUCUCGUUGUCUGUCGCUGCGGGCCCUCUUCCGGGCUAGGCCGUCCCUGCCCGCCCCCGCCCCGCCUCCCUUCGGACCCCUGGGUUCCAGGCCAGGCUCCCUUCCCGAUUCGCGCCCCCGCCCUCCGCAGCCCGCUGCCGUCCCGGUCCGCACUGCGGCCUCGCCGCCGCCACCAUGUCCCUGCACGGCAAACGGAAGGAGAUCUACAAGUAUGAAGCGCCCUGGACCGUCUACGCCAUGAACUGGAGCGUGCGGCCCGACAAGCGCUUUCGCCUGGCGCUGGGCAGCUUCGUGGAGGAGUACAACAACAAGGAAAGUGGGAAGAAUAAGAGUACCUACCUCAUGGAGAUGUUGAGAGGAUUAAAUGAGGUCCAGCUUGUUGGUUUAGACGAAGAGAGUUCGGAGUUUAUUUGCCGGAACACCUUCGACCAUCCGUACCCCACCACAAAGCUCAUGUGGAUCCCUGACACAAAAGGCGUCUAUCCAGACCUGCUGGCGACGAGCGGCGACUAUCUCCGCGUGUGGAGGGUUGGUGAAACAGAGACCAGGCUGGAAUGUUUGCUAAACAAUAACAAGAACUCGGAUUUCUGUGCUCCUCUGACCUCCUUUGACUGGAAUGAGGUGGAUCCUUAUCUUUUAGGUACCUCCAGCAUUGACACGACGUGUACCAUAUGGGGGCUGGAGACCGGGCAGGUGUUGGGGCGAGUGAAUCUUGUGUCCGGCCAUGUGAAGACCCAGCUGAUUGCCCAUGACAAAGAGGUCUAUGAUAUUGCAUUUAGCCGGGCCGGGGGUGGCAGGGACAUGUUUGCCUCUGUGGGCGCUGAUGGCUCGGUGCGGAUGUUUGACCUCCGUCAUCUAGAACACAGCACCAUCAUUUACGAAGACCCACAGCAUCACCCACUGCUUCGCCUCUGCUGGAACAAGCAGGACCCCAACUACCUAGCCACCAUGGCCAUGGACGGAAUGGAGGUAGUGAUUCUGGACGUUCGAGUUCCCUGCACGCCUGUCGCCAGGUUAAACAACCACCGAGCAUGUGUCAAUGGCAUUGCUUGGGCCCCACAUUCAUCCUGCCACAUCUGUACUGCAGCGGAUGACCAUCAGGCUCUCAUCUGGGACAUCCAGCAAAUGCCCCGGGCCAUCGAGGACCCUAUCCUGGCCUACACAGCCGAGGGAGAGAUCAACAACGUGCAGUGGGCGUCGACUCAGCCCGACUGGAUUGCCAUCUGCUACAACAACUGCCUGGAGAUACUCAGAGUGUAGUGUCGGUGGCGCCGUGCCCACGAGGCAGGGGCUUGUGUGUUUCCCGCCUCUGUCCCACCCCCAAAGUAAGAAGAAAUGUGUUUCCGGUGGCCAGUACGUCUUUCAUUGCUUUGCACCCACCGUUCCCAGAAGCUGCUCUAGGAGUUCCCAGCCAGUCACCCCACCACUCUCUGGGCCGGGCUCAGUGCUGUGUGGCGCCUCCUCAGCCCAGGGCUGAGUUUUAAGAUUUUCUCUCUUUUCCUCAUCUCCUUUGGCUCCUCAAUUAAAAUUUUUUGUAUA